UGAGUGACAGCGGAGAGAAUCUCCCUCGAAGAAGACGAAGAUGGUCUCUGAUGAUGCGAAAGCUCUGAAGAGAGAGGAGGCUGAGGAAGACAAUAAGAGCUUUGUUAGGAAGAAGCCCACGAACGCCAACAAUGCUGGUUCAGCUUGGAGGAAAUUGAAGAAGGAAGUGAAGGACGAUGAUGAUGAUCAUGAUAAACCGAUCAAGGUCUCGCCCAAAGGCAGAAAGAAGAAGGAGAUUGAUGAAGACGACGAUGAGAAGCCUCUUUCCAAGAGGAAUUCCUCUGUUGGCGUCUCAAAGGAGAGAGAGUUGAAGAAGCAGAGAAGAAAUGUAAAGAAGAAGGAGAAGUAAAAGAAAGUCUUUGAUUUGCCUAGUCAGAAGAGAGACCAACCUGAUGAGAGAGAUCCACUUAGGAUUUUCUACGAGACUCUUCACAAGCAACUUCCUACUAGUGAAAUGGCUAAGAUUUGGUUAAUGGAGUCAGGCUUGCUUCCAGCUGCAGAGGCAAAGAAAGUUCUUGAGAGGAAGUUGCAAAAGACUGGAAAGUUCAGUUCUCCAGCAAAAUCUGCAGCUUCUACCCCAAGAACCCGCUCCAAAUCAGUGAUCGUGAACAAGGAAAUAAGAAAACCAUCAUCUGAAGCUGUGUCAGGCAAAAAGAAAGGAAGUGACUCCAAACCAACCACCAAGAAGCGGAAGAAAGAUUCUGAAGACCACGACUCGCGUGAUGAUUUCUUUGAGCCAAUUAGUUGGAAUUAAUUUUAAGAAUAAAGAGAAAUCACUUUCUCUGGUUUGUAGCUAUCUAAUUGUUUUAUAGAAACUUAAUUUGUGCAUUCUCUCAAAGUCGAAUUAUUUUUUAGGAGUAGUUUGCUGUUUCUAAUGUUGUUGGACCCAAUUGAUAUAU